AUGGCAUCGGACCAGGAGAGCUUCACGUUUACCGUGGGCAAGCUCGAUGCCGGCAUGGCUAUACUGAUAGGGGAGCGUGCUCAUCUCAUCGAGUUCCCGUCGCUGCUCCUUCCUCCCGGUGUGACAUCUGGAUCAAUUGUGAACAUAGCGGUGUAUCGGAACGCGGAUGAGGAGCAUCGGCAAAAGCAGGAGUUCUGGGACCUGCAGGAGGCUAUUGUCAAGACGUACGGGAAGGAGGUCCCAGAAGCACCGCAGGUUGAGGUGCGGAAUGUUACGCAAACCUCUGUGACAUUAGAAUGGCCCCCAUUGAAGCUCGCAACCGCCAAAUUACGAGGACUGGACAUCUAUCGAAACGGACAGCGACUCGCGGCUGUUCCCUCGCCUCUCACAAACACCACUUCCCGUCUUUCUGGGCUCUCUCUUCAAACGCAGUAUACCUUCCAGCUCGUCCUCCGCACCACAGCCGGCACACUUCCGUCAAACGUGAUCAAGGUCACCACCCACAGCAUCAAUGAUACAUCCGGUAUCAGUGUCUGCUUCGGUAAUGUGCAAGAUGCAGUGCUACUCGAACGCUCAAAAAUGUGCCUCAAGGAGAUGGGGGCGAAGUGGAGCGAUCGCAUUCAGAUCGACACUUCGCACUUUGUCUGCACAACCCCUGCUGCCCUGACACCUGCCUCUGCGAGCGCAGCCUCAGGGCCAGGUGUUGAAUACCAACGCGCCCUGCAAGCCAGCAUUCCUAUCGUACAGCCACAGUGGAUUAUAGCUUGUUACAGCGAGAAGAAAAUGGUCCCUAUUUCUGGAUACUACCUGGGAGCCUCUCCCUCUGCGCCGGUCUCAUCUCCGCCAUUUGCCCGGCCUACCUCCGAUCAUUCGGGAUCUGUUGGUUCCGCAGGCUCACCUUCCCGCAGAGAAUCUCUUCCGUCUGUCGGAUCUGCCCUCGCACACCACAACGGUCCAGACCGUGGGCCAACACCCAGUCCAGAGACGCUCGCUCGGAGAGGGGGGAUCAAAGAGGAUGAGGAGGUUGUUCGAAAUGAAGACGCUGCGGGGCAUCCGCCUGCGCAUGCUCCGGAGACUCAUGAAGGCACUGCGAAUGGUCAUAGCCGGGCUGCGGAGGGUGAGGACAUCGUACGAUCCAUGUCGCCCAGCGGAAGACCGCGUAACGGCACCAUGAACAAAGAGUUCAAGUUCCCGUCGCCUGUGCAAGACAAAUCUUUCCCUUUGCCGGUACCAACGCCGUCUAACGCCGCGAGCGCGAGCACAGCCGUCGAAGGAGAGUCAACAACAGCGGCUCUGACGGCGAAACCAGACCCUGAGCCGUCAAUUUCCACUGUUCCGGCCAAGCUUCCUGAGCUGCCUGAAGAGCCGCCAAAAGAAGAACUGCACGCAGAUGCGCCACAGGAUAUCCCCAUUUAUGAAGGACACGCUACUGGCCCAGAGCUCCUCAUUUCUCCACCCUCUGUGGAGGAUGGCAAUGAGCUCAUGAAGCAAGUCAAGGUACCAGGGAAUUCGAAUGAAGAUGAAGAUGACAUCGGCGACGUUGUCGAGGUGGACUUGACCUAGGCUGUUGAUGCCUGCAUGUUCUUUUCCUAAACUUAUUUAGGGGAAAUGGGUGACAUAUACCAUUACAGUAUAUACGUAUUGCUCUGCCUUUUUCACUUCG